AAAACCUCUCUCUUCAUCAAAGAGGCUUCCUCAUAGCUCAUUAUUCUUUUUUUCUUUUUCUUUUUCUUUUCAAUGGCUAGUUCCAAGAGGCAAAUUGAGGUUCAAACAGAAGAUCAAACACCACAUAAAUGGUGCAAAUCAUUGGGAGAAGAGGUUUUCAAAAGAUUCUUCAGCCAGGCUAAUCCAACAGUGCAUAAGGUUUUUGGUGAUGGAUCAUUAUUCAGUCCUAUGUUGUUUGGAAAAUUCUUUGAUCCUUCUGAUGCAUUUCCUCUUUGGGAGUUUGAAUCAGAUGUGUUGUUGUCUCAUCUUAGGAGCAACAAUCAAACCUCUGUUGAUUGGUCUGAGACAGAUGAUGGAUACAUAGUAAAGGCUGAAAUACCAGGAGCAGGGAAAAGUAACAACAUUCAAGUGCAUGUUGAUAAUGGAAAAGUUGUGGAGAUUAGUGGACCAUGGAAGCAAAGAGAAUCAUCAUCAAAGUCAUCAUCAUCAUCACAUGACUGGAGGUGUGGCCAUUGGUGGGAUCAUGGAUUUGUAAGAAGGCUUGAGAUUCCAGAUGAUGCUGAUUUCAAGAACAUUGAAGCUCACUUAUACAAUGACGUUUUCUUAGAGAUACAAAUCCCAAAGACCAAAAGGGGUACCAUUGCUGAUGUGGCCUAAAACCAAAGUUUCAAUGCUACUAGAGUUUGUUUACAAUCCUAGUAGUAACAACUUUUUAUGCAAAAUUGAUACUUACAUUUUGACAUUUAACAAACUUGUUAUUAUAACUCUCAUACUUCAAUCUAAUGUUACUAUAUCAGCAAGCUUAUUCUAAUGAUGUAAAAUAUAAAAAUAUACACAGAAGGAAGGAAAUAAAGAUAAAAUUGUAGUGUAUAUAAGAGGCACUACUUUAUAUCUUCUGAAAA